GAGACCAUCAUGAAAUGGGAUGGAUGGUUUACAGAGGGUCACUAAUGCUGAAAAAAGAGCAGAGUCCAUUCCACGACGUGCCUGUUACUUUCUGAAUUAUUGGAUUUUGUGUGUGUGUGGUUGAUGGACUGCUCCCUAACUUUCACUGAAGGUUACUGUAGCCUACGUCCCAAGGCCAGAAAAGUUUACAAGCUUCGCUUUUCACUGUGCUCAAUGCUGAAUACCUGCAACUCAAGGGCAUUAUAUAUUUGCACCUAAUUAUGUCUUCUGGUUCUGAUACUGGCAACACACAGGAGUCUAUAAAACAUGGACUUAUUCCAGGCGUGUCUCAGUUUAAAAUGGUGAAUUACUCCUAUGAUGAAGAUCUUGAGGAAUUGUGUCCAGUAUGUGGAGAUAAAGUCUCUGGGUAUCACUAUGGACUCCUUACCUGUGAAAGCUGCAAGGGUUUUUUUAAACGAACAGUCCAGAACAACAAAAGGUACACGUGCAUAGAAAAUCAAAGCUGCCAGAUUGAUAAAACCCAGAGAAAGCGUUGCCCAUAUUGUCGAUUUCAGAAAUGUCUAAGUGUUGGGAUGAAGCUGGAAGCAGUAAGAGCUGACCGAAUGCGUGGGGGUCGAAACAAAUUUGGACCAAUGUACAAGCGGGACCGGGCACUAAAGCAGCAAAAGAAAGCCCUCAUCCGAGCAAAUGGACUCAAGUUGGAAGCCAUGACUCAGGUGAUUCAGGCGAUGCCCACUGACCUAACAAUAUCCUCUGCAAUCCAGAAUAUCCACUCUGCCUCCAAAGGCCUACCUCUGAACCAUACAGCCUUGCCUCCCACAGACUAUGACAGAAGUCCCUUUGUAACCUCUCCAAUUAGCAUGACAAUGCCACCACAUGGUAGCCUACAAGGGUACCAGACCUACGGCCACUUUCCAAGCCGUGCUAUUAAGUCUGAGUACCCUGACCCUUACACUAGCUCCCCAGAGUCGAUAAUGGGCUACUCAUACAUGGAUGGUUAUCAUCAGACAAGCUCGCCAGCAAGUAUUCCUCACCUGAUAUUGGAACUCUUGAAGUGUGAGCCAGACGAGCCACAGGUCCAGGCUAAGAUCAUGGCAUACUUGCAGCAAGAGCAAGCAAACAGAAGCAAACACGAAAAGCUCAAUACCUUUGGGCUUAUGUGCAAAAUGGCUGACCAAACCCUCUUCUCGAUUGUCGAGUGGGCCAGGAGUAGCAUUUUCUUCAGAGAACUUAAGGUUGAUGACCAAAUGAAGCUGCUUCAGAACUGCUGGAGUGAACUUUUAAUUCUCGAUCACAUUUAUCGGCAAGUGGUACAUGGGAAAGAAGGCUCCAUCCUUCUUGUCACUGGGCAACAAGUGGAUUACUCAGUAAUAGCUUCACAAGCAGGAGCCACACUCAACAAUCUUAUGAGCCAUGCACAAGAGCUAGUAUCAAAACUACGAUCUCUGCAGUUCGAUCAACGAGAGUUCGUGUGUCUCAAAUUUUUGGUGCUAUUCAGUUUAGAUGUCAAAAAUCUAGAGAACUUCCAGCUGGUGGAAGGUGUUCAAGAACAAGUAAAUACUGCUUUGCUGGACUACACAAUGUGCAACUACCCGCAACAGACAGACAAAUUUGGGCAGCUUCUCCUGCGGCUCCCAGAAAUCCGAGCGAUCAGUAUGCAGGCUGAAGAAUACCUCUACUACAAACACCUGAAUGGGGACGUGCCAUGUAAUAACCUCCUCAUUGAAAUGCUGCAUGCAAAAAGAGCAUAAAUUAUAUCCUUUUUCAGCUUCUGCGUUUGAGAAAAGAAAAAAAAUUACUCUGAACUGCUCCAAGCAACCCUAAUUAAAAGAACUUGGUUUUAAAAGAACUUUGCAAAAAAAAUGUAUAAUAAUCAAAUACUUAAUAGUAAAUAAGUGAUGUAUCAGGGUAUUUGUAUUGCAAACUGUGAAUCAAAUGCUACCCGGUCUCCCCAAAGGAACAUGUAUAGGACUUCAUCACUGGAUGGAAAGGAAAUGGAUACCAUUGCUAACGUGAAACAAACAAAAGGACUGCACAGUUCUUGUAAGUUACACCUUGUCAGCUACCACUAUGGAGAGAAAUUUCAGAACACCUUUUAACUGUGUUAUUAAGCUAAAAGAGGUGAGGGGAUUUAUAUGCACUAAGUUCCUUCAGUGGUUAGCAGGACUGCAAACACCUCUGAAGGAUGUAAAAUUGCAGCCUCCUUGGGCCAUCCUUCCAAGAACUGAACUCCUCUCUUCUCCAAGCAAGGAUGUGACACCAAUCUGUAAUAAAGAUCUGGGGUUGGCCACAUCUGCAGUAUAGAUAGUAGCACCACCAAAAUAAAAAAAAAAUAAACAAAA